CCCGUCACCCCCUUACAGGUUUUGGUAUGAACAGGAUUCGGAUUCACGUCUUGCCAACGAAUCGGGGGAGGGUCACCCCGGCGCCCAGAUCUCAGGAGCCCCUGGCUUGUUCCUUCACUCACCGCCCAUGCUCUCAGCCGCGUCUGGAGGGCCAGGAGUUUUGCAUUAAGCAUAUCCUUGAAGACAAGAAUGCGCCCUUCAAACAAUGUAGUUACAUAUCGACGAAGAAUGGCAAAAGGUGUCCCAGCGCUGCCCCAAAGCCCGAGAAGAAAGACGGGGUGUCUUUUUGUGCUGAACAUGCUCGAAGGAAUGCCCUAGCACUUCAUGCUCAGAUGAAGAAGAGCAGCCCAGGCCCUAUGGGUGAAACCCUCUUGUGCCAGUUGAGCUCAUAUGCUAAGACAGAGCUGGGCUCUCAGACCCCAGAGAGUAGCCGGAGUGAAGCUAGCCGGAUCCUGGAUGAAGACAGCUGGAGUGAUGGGGACCAGGAACCCAUCACUGUGGAUCAGACAUGGAGAGGUGACCCUGACAGUGAAGCUGAUAGCAUAGACAGUGACCAAGAAGACCCCCUAAAGCAUGCUGGUGUGUACACAGCCGAGGAAGUGGCUCUUAUUAUGAGAGAAAAGCUAAUCCGUUUGCAGUCUUUGUACAUUGAUCAGUUUAAACGACUACAGCACCUGCUCAAAGAGAAGAAGCGCCGCUACUUACAUAACCGGAAAGUGGAGCAUGAAGCUUUAGGUAGUAGUCUCCUGACUGGCCCAGAGGGACUUUUGGCCAAAGAAAGAGAGAAUUUAAAGCGACUGAAAUGUCUUAGGCGAUACCGCCAGCGCUAUGGAGUGGAAGCCUUACUACACAGGCAGCUCAAGGAGCGCAGGAUGCUGGCCACAGACGGGGCUGCUCAGCAGGCUCACACCACUCGUUCCAGUCAGAGGUGCUUAGCUUUUGUGGAUGAUGUUCGUUGUUCCAAUCAGUCUCUUCCAAUGACCAGACACUGCCUUACCCAUAUCUGUCAGGACACAAAUCAGGUUCUCUUCAAAUGCUGCCAGGGAUCUGAAGAGGUGCCCUGCAACAGAGCAGUUCCUGUAAGCCUCUCUGAGGAUCCCUGCUGCCCACUGCAUUUCCAGUUGCCUCCUCAGAUGUAUAAGCCCGAGCAGGUACUGUCUGUGCCAGCCGAUCUGGAAGCCGGCCCCAUGGAGCUGUACUUGAGUGCUGCCGAGCUCCAGCCCACUGAGAGUUUACCUCUGGAGCUCAGUGAUGACUUGGAUGUUGUGGGGGAUGGAAUGCCGUGCCCUCCAUCGCCCUUGCUUUUUGAUCCUUCACUAACUCUCGAAGAUCAUUCAGUCAGAGAAAUUGCCGGAGGCCCAGGCCCGAUGCAGAUGGCUGGAGAUGGGUGCAGAUCCCAGGGACCUCGAAAUAUAGAUAAAGCCCAUGCUCCAUUCCCUCAGCAUGGGUUGGCUACUACAAAUGGAAAACCAGAACCCACUUCUGUCAGUUGACGGUGCAUCCUGGGAACUGUUUGCCUUGGGACGUGAAUUGUCCAUUCAUUCUUCAGUCAUGCGUAUCUCUGAUCACCUCUCACUGAACAGGGACAACCCAGACUACAUUGUUUCCUUUGGGGCUGUAGAGUGCUGUAGACAAACAUAAACCAGCUGUGUGCGUAAUGGAUCUUU